AUGGUGGAGAAACUAUUAAGAACUCAUCCCAACCUGAAGAAACUUUAUUUACUUUUACGGAACGUGGAUCAAAUCACAGCUUCAAAACAUUUCCGUGAUGAGGUUGUAGAGAAGGAAUUGUUUAGAGUGUUAAAGGAAAAAUGGGGUGGAGAUCUAAAAACCCUCGUCUCAGAGAAGAUUUGUUUGGUCUCCGGAGAUAUUUCUUCCCCAAAUAUGGGAUUAAAGGACUCAAAUUUAUUGGAAGAGAUGAAGAAUCGAGUGGAAAUAAUCAUUAAUUUUGCUGCAUCAACUAAUUUUGAUGAAAGAUAUGAUGUAGCAUUUGGUACCAAUGUAUUGGGAGCUAAACAUGUUUUAAACUUUGCAGAGCAAUGUUCUAAUAUCGAAAUUCUUGUCCAUGUAUCCACUGAUGUUUUGUUAGCUUUUGUUUCGAAUCAAAGGGAAGGAGUUAUCUUGGAAACUCCAUGCAAAUUGGUCGAGUCUGUUGAUGGCACUUCAAAAUUGGACAUUGAAACAGAACGAAAAAUUAUUGAAGAGAGUUUAAGAGAAUUGAGAAAUAAUAGAGAUAUGAAUGAAACUACGAAGAGCUUGGUCAUGAAAGACUUGGGCACAAAAAGGGCAAAAAUGUACGGAUAUCCAAACACGUACGCAUUUACGAAAGCAAUGGGUGAGAUGUUGAUGAAUGAUAAAAUUGACGAUCUUCCUUUGAUCAUCGUUCGACCAACCAUAGUCACAAGCACUUACAAAGAACCUUUUCCCGGUUGGAUCGAAGGUUUGAGGACCAUUGAUGGCUUUAUUGUUGGGUAUGGGAAAGGAAAAGUAACACGCUUUCCUUCCGAUGUUAGCUCAAUCCUAGGCUUGGUGAGAUAA